UGCAGGUGGACGGGGUGGGGGCACGCGGCGAGCGUCGCGUAUCGCCGGUAGACGGCGUGCGUCGGACCAGUUCAUUUCUGUAAUGGCCGCCGUCUGGCGUUGUCGGUGAAUCGGUCCGUUUCUCAUUCUCGCGAGCGUACCCUGCGCAUCGUUCUUCCCCAUCGUCUCCGAGGCGAACAAUCGGCGAGCAACAGUCCUGUGCGUAUCAGUCCGUAGGUGUCGAGGAUCGGUCGUGCGUACAGUGGUUAAUACCGUGGUGGUGGAGGAAGCCAGUGGAAGACAGCGGCGUACAGUGUCGGGUCCGCCGUGGAAAAUUCAAACGCAGGUUCGCGGCGGUGUUUCCGGCGCUGUUUACUCGUCCCGCGGCCUGGGGAGGCAGCGUCAACCAAGAACAGAGACGACAGUGUGCCCGACAGCCCGGAAAACGGAUCGGCCGAUCCCGGGGAUCGUGAGAUGCGAUCGGUCCUGGGGGAUCCGUGUGUUGUGUCGCGGGAAGAGCCGACCGAGAGGCCCGUUCCGAGACAGUAAACAAAAGUGACAGCGUGCGCGGACGCCGAGAGAGGUCCGGUCAUGCCUCCCGUCUCCGCCGACGAGCCUGUCGACGGUGUUUGACGGCGUGUUGUUCUCGUCCCGAGCGGUCCGAAUUCCCUCGCGUGGUUCAAGGUCUUCUAAAAUCAUCCGAACGUCCACGCUGCCAACGAGGCCUCCUCAGUGAGUUUCACGCUGCGACACCGAUCGAACGUGUUGUUGUUCCACGGGACUCCCCUCGUCUCGUUGCUGCUGACAAGCAACGUCGACCGCGCUUUUUCCCCGCCGGCGAUCCUCGUCCACCCGUGUUUUGUGUUCGUGUCUCUCUUAUUCGAACCCCCACCCGUCCGCGGACGCAAGAGUACCGAAGGUAGAAUAUAUCGCCAUCGAACGCGGAAAACAACGGGGGAUAACGUGGUCCUCGGCUCGCGCAAGAUUUCUUCCAGGAAAGCCAAAGUCUUCGGAGUUUCGAGGCCGCUGAAAGAGGAGAGGCAACAGAGAUACGACUAGACGGGCAGCGAGAGUGAGAGGAACGGAAAGAAGCAGCAGAAGAAGGAGAAGAAGAGAUAUACCAAGAGAGAUGUGCCAAGUUUCGUCGUUGCGGAUGUUCCAUGUGGUGCUCCGGUUCGUCUACGCCGGCCUGCCGCACUGCGUCCCCUUCUAGGACCCGUGCCGUAGCCGACAGUGAUUCCGGAUCGUGAUCCCACUGGCAAACACGAUCGCGCGCGCCGUUGUCGUACCGAUUAAAUGUGAUCCAGCGAUGUCGAGCUACCGCCCGGAGCACGUAGCUCGCCGCCUUGGAAGUCUUCCCGACCGGGCGUCGACGACCUCGCUCGUUUGAACCGCGUGAAACAGACUGACACUCGUAACUGGUGUGUGAUGCCGGACGAGGAGGCGGCGGCGAUCCUCCGUCCCCGUUCAAUCGAGACGAUCCCAGCGCAAUAACGGCGAACAUGUUCGGCAAGGUGCCACCCUCGAACACACCGGGACCGCCGCCUUGCUCCAGCAUCUCGUCCAUCAAGUCCUGCGCGCCGAAGUCCACCGGGGCCACGUGUCUGCCCUGCUUCUCGUCGGACGAGACGACCAGCGGCCAAACCGACGAGAAGUCGAGACCCUGGCGGCCGAAAGACAACUGCGCUUCGGUGGUCUCCGAGGCGCCGCUCGCCGCGACGGAGGACACCAAGCCGAAACCGUGGAGGUCCAAGGACAGCUGCGAGGAGAAACCGAGGACUAGGAGGACCAAGGAAGGUUCAACCGAGUCCACCGUAACGGAGGACAAAUCGAAAGCCAGAAGAUCGAAAGACAGCAACAACCCCGAAGCGACCUCUUCCCUGCUCGAGGACAAGUCGAUAGUGAGGAGAGGCAGCAAGGAGACCGGCACGCCUACCGACUGUCCCACGAUCGAAGAUAAGAAACCGUGGAGGUCGAAGGAGAGCGCCUCGCCGGCUUCCGAGACGGCCGCCGGCGAUGAGAAGCCUCGAAGAGUCAAAGACUCGAGCGCCGAGGAGUCCCACAGCGGCUCCGUUUCCGCGGCGAAUUGUUCCCAAGCGUCGACCCCGCUCGCAGAGGUCAACAGAGCAGGCAGAAGCGAGGGGACGAGUUCUUCCACCGUGAAGAGCUGCUCGAAGUACAAGGAAACUUGUCACGGCCGGAACCACGCGGUGUUGGUAGCGAAAACCAGCUCCUCGAGCCCCGGCAUCCACAAAUGCUCCUCGAACCCGAACUGCCCCAGCUUCGCCAAGUCCUCGAGCUGCGCGUCGGUGACCAAGUCGCAGAGGGUGCUCGGCUCCAGCAGUCUGAGCAGUCUGAACGCGGAUCCAGGCGGCAGAGAAGCUUCCUCCAAGCUAGCGAAGAAGCACAUCGGCUUGAACCGCGAGUUCUUAGCGGCCAAGGAGCGAGAGAGCGGCAAGUCCGGGAUAAGAGAGUCGCAGAGAGUCGCGCAGACCGUGGUGUCCUUCAACAAAUCUUCCUCCAGGUCUUCCGACCCGGGUCGCCUGGUCUCCAACGGCAAGGCCGGCGUCUGCGAGUCCUGCGAGGACAUACCGGACACCUUCGCCGAGUUCGUCGCGGUUCAGUCCGGCGAAUCCUGCCAGAAACCCGGCAAGGCGUACGUUGACAAGGACUCUGUGAUUUCUUCCGUCGUUUCGGUGGUUCCUCCCGGCGGCUGCGAGCGGAAUGGCAGAGGCGACCCGACGAUAGACUGGGCGAAGAACGGCGAUGCGCUGCAACAGAGCUGUAUAUCCUGCCUGCCGCAGGACCUGCCGACGGAGCUGCAGUUAUCCUCGCCCAGGACGUACAGGGACCGCGAGAAGUGCCGGGACCCGUGGCGGCCCACCGAAAUGGAAAACAAUAUGUGUAACCUGAACGUGUGCCCUGGGGAUACCUAUCAGGACACCAGCACCAAGAGGAGGACCGGCGCGUCAUGCCAGGCGCUGAGGCACGCGGUCGCGUCCUUGAAUCGACUGGACGAUUUCUACAUGGAGAAGAUCGGCGCGGGAUUCUUCUCCGAGGUGUUCAAGGUUACACACAAAGUGACGAGUCAGGUGAUGGUGUUGAAGAUGAACCAGCUGCCGGCGAACAGGCCGAACAUGCUGAAGGAGGUUCAGCUGAUGAACAAGCUCAGCCAUCCGAAUAUACUGAGGUUCAUGGGCGUCUGCGUGCACGAGGGUCAGCUGCACGCCCUGACGGAGUACAUAAACGGCGGCAGCCUGGAGCAGCUGAUCAUGGCUAGACACACGCCGCUCCCCCAUCUGAUCAGGAUGAACCUGGCCAGGGACGUGGCCAGGGGCAUGGCCUACCUGCACAGCCGUGGCCUCUUCCACCGCGACCUCACCUCGAAGAACGUCCUGAUCAAGAAGGACGAAUCCACCUCCGAGAUGACCGCGGUGGUCGGCGAUUUCGGGCUCGCCGCUAAGAUACCGGACCCGAGCACCGGCUACAGGCUGAGCACUGUCGGCAGCCCCUAUUGGAUGUCGCCGGAAUGCCUGAAGGGUCAAUGGUACGACCACAGGUCGGACGUUUUCUCGUUUGGCAUCGUGGUCUGCGAACUGAUCGGCCGCGUGCCGGCCGAUCCGGACGUUCUGCCACGGUCAGAUAACUUUGGCCUCGAUUACCUGGCCGUGGCAGAGAUCUGCGCCGCGGCUAAUCCGCCGACGGAGUUCCUCCAUCUCGCCUUCAACUGCUGCACGUACGAGCCGAAGUCGAGGCCGACCUUCCCGGAGAUCACGGCCAGGCUGGACAGCAUGAUCGCGAACGACGAGGAGGAGUCGAAGAGCAGCAUCGGCAAGUGUCCGUCGGUGGACCCGACGCUGAUGUCCAGCAUGGACGAGAUCACUCGCGAGGGCAGGCCGACGAAGCGCAAGACUGCUCGCCUGCGCAGCCAAUCGGCGGACGCGAGGGGCUGCGACAACGCGACACCCUCGGACAAGGCGAGGUGUCACUCGGCGAGGAGGGUCGCCGAAUUGGCGAGCAGACGGGACCCACACUACAAACCGAUGACGGCGAACCCGUUCCACGCGCUCGGCGGCGUGAAGAAGAUCCUCGGCGACCUGUUCUCCAGCUGCCUGGAGCUGCCCUCGCUGGAGGACGUCAGGCCGAGCGUCACCGAUGCUAUCGGGAAGUUCAAGCCCGCGCAGAACGACAGUAUCGCGAAGAUCUUGGACAGGAAGAAGCCGAACUCCGAGCCGAGCAGCCCCACCGCCAGGAAGAAGUGGGAGAGAAAGGUGGCAACGAAGGUAGGCGCCGCGAAUCUGUUCACGCAUCCGCUGUUCAGAGACGGCUGGGAGCCGAGGCGGCGCGGCAGCUGCGAGUCCGGGUUCUGGAGCUGCGUCGGCGAGGACCUCAGCCCGGAGCCGCCGAAUCGCCGGCACACGUCCACCCUGAGCAGCUCGGCGGCCAGCAGCCUGUUCCUGCUGGACGACCACCGGACCAGCUCGAUAUACACGGACUCGUCCGAGGACAUCGCCAGCCUGGGCGGCGGCGACUCCUGCUGGGAGGACAGAUUAGGCGGCAUAGGGUCUUCCAGUAAGACGAUCUCGAAGAUCGUCGAGUACUUCGAGAGAAAGCAGGCCGGCAGCUUGAGGCUCGUGGACCACGAGCCAGGCUCGAGCAGCAGGCUGACCCUGCUCAGAGCCAGCUUGGAGGGGCCGGUCCCUCUGUGCAGCAUCUCCGCCGCCCAGAGGCUGGUCGUCUGCGAGGGCGCGGUGCGCAGCAAGCUGCCCCUCUUCGAUAAGAAGUGAUACGCGCCCCGUGGAAUCUGUUCCUUAGGGUUUCUCGGCUCUCCCGCCGAUCCGCGCGAUAAACGCGGCACGUAGCGCGCGCGCAGAGCGAAGCGGAGCGGAGUCUGGGACCGGAGGGUUUAGCGGCGCUGGAAGCUUCGAGCUAGAGUAUCGGGAUUAACGGACCGACGCCGGAACUAUCGGGUAUUUCCGUUCACUGCCAGAUUCUUGAACGUUUAAUCGGAACACGGAGUUUGAUUAAUAUUCGACGCUCGUGAAAGUUGGGAGAGCUUGACAAAGUCACUCGAUAUCCGUUAGGAAGGACUAUUAAUUGAGAUACGUUUGGCUGGUCGAUCGAGACGCUCGAAUAUUCAGACGCGCGGAUAUUCGAAUCGGUCAUUCCGACUGGCACGGUAGUUUCGGCGCUCAGCUCGGACAGAGAGAUAUCGAACGCUUCCGAUGGCGUGGCGCGAGUCUCGUUGAUCGCAUAAUUUUCAAACGAUUAUGCGUGAAAGUCGGCGUCCAAUUCGGCGCCGUUCGUCCCCGUUGUACCUUCCAACGAGUCGCCGUGGCGCCCGACGUAUCUUGCGUUUGCUUAAUCACCUUCGCCGGCGUUAGUUUGUAUUGCUCUUCAUUUUGGAACGAAACGAAGAAUAAAUAUUACGGGAUAGCAGGUGUGUCGAAGGAGGCGGUUUUUCUGGCGUGGGACACCGUCGUCUCCGACGUGUCCGAAUUUUCGGUGAAAAGAUGCCUCGAGAAAGCAAGACGAAUCCGAUAGAGAUCGAUGCGAGAAAGUCGAGUUUUUGCCGGGAGCGUCGCUAAAUCCCUCGGCUCCUCGGGCCACGACUGUGUGUGACGCGACGAGAAUCUUGGAAAACGGCGGCGCAUCCGGGGAACAUGGCUCGGUUUGCCAAGGAAUGCCGCGUCGGACGAGUCCGCAGCACGCGGGGGGACUGAAAGUAAAUGGUAACGAAGAACGACUGUAUCUUCAUCGGACUCGAUGACUCAGGGGACCGCGAAAUAGACUCGGAACCAACCGCUUUGUCGUCGAUUCGUCUGUAGCGUGUUACAUUUUUGGGACCGUCGACGAACGCGUGGCGAGGGUGAGCCGGGCUUUCUUCCUGGCAGCCUAGUAAUUUUAUAGUGUACACAGAGUGUCCUGCAAUCGGUGCUGCAACUGGAAAAACAGAAAGUUUAGAGAACAAUUUCAAGUAAACAAGAGAAGAAAGAAGUUAACAGUUUACAAUAAAGAAAGGAAGCAAAGAGUAAUCUUCAGAAAAUAUAUUAACAUUCGCAAUUGGUAAAAUAAGCUACUAGAAUCAUUAGCUUCUAAUCCACUAGAUUACGCGCUGAAUGUCAGUUUCGCACACAGCGACCUCUCCGUUGCAUCAACGUUUACAGAACACCCUGUACAAGGUAGCAAUACGCGUUCGUCCCGUACAAUAGAUUAAUACUAAUAAUAGCACACAACAACGUAGCCAGACUCGAGUCCGAUGGAGACGUAAUCAGCCACGAAUUUUAGCAGGCGCUUCUCUCUAAAAUCUAGUAACCUGACUGUGAUGUUUUUUGAUAAUCUACAUACAUUAAUCGAUCCGUACGACUUAAGUGUCGGUGAAGCCGUCGGCGGGGCUCGUCAUUCCGUGGGCUGCGGUCGUUCGGCGUUUCUCGUCGAGUGAAACGGUCGGUCGGACAGAAAAUUCUGUCGGUAGAUACGCCUACAUUGAACGAAGGAGAGGCGAGCGUCGAUGAUAUUCCACGGGACGCACGGGACGUUUCGCGCGCGUCGGUUCGGCACACUUAACGCUCUUUCUUCGAGAUAAUAAUGUUUGUAUUGCCGAUAGGGAUAUUUAUUAUCUUCGAGAAGAAGGCUCGGACGAGGAUGAACGUUCCCAGGGAUCGACGGAAGCAAUAUAGAAUUUGAUUUCGAGACUGCGGCAACCGGAUGCCAGUAGAAACAACGCUGCUCACGUUCUCACCUUUCGCAGUGCCUCGCAGUUCCUAGUUAGCCACCUCCGUCCUUUAUCCACGAAGACCGACUUCUCAACCGAUCGCUGCCGUGGCGACGGUGCAGAUCGGGAACGCGAGUUUCGCCGAUUCCGUGGUUCGCCGGCGCGUCGAGCGGCCGGAUUUCAGCGCGUCGCGUUGCCACACACACCCCCGAGUUGGUCUGUUCUCGUUUGUUUCACCAUUUCCCCGCCAUCGUGUUCGGCGUACGGAUACUUCGGGUCGAGGGUCACCGUCGGAGGCGUUGCUCUUGCGCUGGAGACGCGAGCAGGUCGAAGCGGACACGAAAACUACGACGACGUACAGGAGAAAACGGCGCUGUUUCUGUUAUUUUCUUGUGAAAACCGAGUCACUUUCGUUUGCGGUUGUCCGAGCGAACGCGGGACGGAAACACUCUCUUUUAGUCUGUUAGAUUGUUAGAUCGUUAGAUCGUUAGACGGUUAGAUCUUCGAUGGUACGUUUAGAGGAUCAUCGAUACUGGUUCGUCGGUGUUGGUGACGCGAGCGCGGAGGCUCCGACGAGUUUCUUCGAGCGAACGUUCAUAGGAAAAAAUGUUGUGCCUUAUUGAAAUGCCACAUGUCCUAGGUCAGGUAACGCGUCCAGCGUUCAACUUAGAAUUUUUACACACUGAUAAUCACGCAACGUUAAAAGCAAUUUCAGUUUUAGCUGUAAAUAUUCGUUCGGGACUCCGUGGCUCGUCUUAUCGAGAUCCGCCGACCGGUAUCGUUGUUUCCUCUUAAGGAGAACCGAAGAUUUCUAACCUUCCGUCCGAUUUACGUUGGAAAAAUGUGUUUUUUAAUUAGGACGUUGUAUCCUGAAAAAUUUCGGUUUUGAUUCAUUGAUAGCGUUUUAUUCGUAGACCACAGGGUGAGCGAAAAUUAUGAAUCAAAGGUUCAAUCGAGAACGUCUCACCCUGUGUUGGUCAAGACAGACAAGUUCAGUUGUAAUUUUAAUUUAUCGAAUUAUCCGAGACAAAUCUACAGUCCGAUGACCGUGCUGCCGUCUUCUUUUGUACUGUGUCGUCGCGUAGAGAUAGGAGGGAUAUCAUCAAGGCCUAUGCUGCGCUUAAACGAGAGUUUUUAUUACAUUUCUGAUCGAGCGAUGGAUACUUCCGUGGCGCCCCGCGCGUCGUAGAUUAGCACUCAGGAUGCGAGGAAGCAAAACAUAGUAUAUUUUGUUGACAGAGAUGACACCGCGUGUCCUGAAUAUUUUUGUUGACGUAAACAAUCGGGACGAUUGUCCAUUUUUGUGUAAGGCAGCGAGCGAGCGAGCGAGCGAGAGAAAGAGAAAUAGAGAGAGAAGGAUGCAAAAAGAAGCAGCGUGAGUGGAAGCGCGAAUGAGAAAUAGAAUGUAGAGAGACUGAGAGAGAGAGAAAGGGAGAGAGUAAAUGAAACUGAUCUAGUCAGUGUAUUAUCGUGGCGGCCUUAUCUUUUGUAUGUCGUAGCGCUAAUAACUUAAGUGUUCCAAGGGAAAUGAACGAAGAGCGAGAGGGACGGAAUGCGAGAGAGAUGGAAAGAGGUGAAGACUCUGAAUCCGAAUGAGUCCCGCGAUCGUCGGAUCGCCGGCCGAUCGGUGAAACCUCGUUUCUGUUAGAGAAGGCAAGCGGAACUCCGAAUGUACACGGUAAUUUAUAGUGAAUGCGUGUGUGCCUGUAUACGAGUGUGUUUGCUACUGUGCGAGAAGAGAAUCGCGUGUGUCCUUUCGUUGCUUCCUCGAGAUUGCGUCUCCGUCAGCUGGAAACUUAUCCAAUCGGGAAUACUGAUAGCCCAAGGUCACCCAAGGUCGUCUGAUUAUAUUCCGUCAUUCUUAACUCGGUGAACCUUUGUUUAUUAUAUUCGCGAACGAACGACUUUGAAAUUCAUUUUAACCCUCUGUAGGCCCAUGUAACUUUGAAGUCAAUAUUGGCAUCUUGUUGGGGGUCACCGGUGACCCCCAAGCAAAUCGAAUUGCUAUAGUUCACUGAAUUAAACGAUGAUUAUUCGCAAGCAUUUCUAUAUUAUAAAUAAUGCUACUCACUGCGGUGACAUUCAAUUUGAUGAACGUACGAUGAUAGUAAUCCAAUUCAGUCGAAUGGUUUAAUAUUGUAUUUUUUCCAUUUUGUGUCUAUGAAAUCGUGUGGCGUUCAACGUGUCAACGUCAUUGUAACUUGAAAGUAAUGUAUUGUACUGAAUACAUUAACUCGUCUUCAUAUGUGGAUACUUAAUUUUGUACUGCGUAGGUUUUGUUAUAAUCACGAACAAAAAUUCCCAUAGAGGGUUAAUUCGAUAGAAACGUUCAAUUUUCUACGUGGUAGAAUCUUAUUCGUCGAUGCUCGUGUAAUAUAUUGAAGGAUGACAGUGAGCUCGAGUUGUCAGUAUUCCCCGGGCAAACACACGGUGUAACCGAAGCGAAAUGACACUGAAAGUUGGUGCACGACCGGAGGAACGAGCUGGACGCAGCAUGGGGACACAUCGCUCUUUAGUUACGCGGUGUUACUCUGGUACGGUAUUCUCGAAGCGACUCCCGAAGAGGCGAGCGUCCGAAGUCUUCCUGAUCCUGAGUUUCCUUUCGGUUCCGUUAGUCUCUUUGUCCAUCGAACAAGCGUCUCGAGUCAAUUUAAGUCUACAAUAUUGCUGCAGCGUAGCCGGUGGAAAGUUCGUUUCGUGUACUUUGUCGUUAGACGGUGGAAGUUUAUGCGUAUUCGGAAUUAGAAGGGAUCCAACGAAUGUAUCCGUUUAUUGAUCAGUUUGACGGGUUACAAGUGCAUAAGAUUCCGCGGUCUAAUCGUCGUUGUCGCCGCGCGGCUGACGGAAUACCGUAUCAGCGUAGUAGUCGACGUCGAGGGGACGCUUUAGGUAGGUAGCAGUUCGCGGGUCAGCGUGAGAUCGUUUCGUCGACCCGGCUGCGGGACGAGUCGAACCAAAUUUCUACUAGAAUAAUAGGCCACUAUACCUUUUUACUUGUCAGAGUUCGUUCACGGGUUCUACUUGAUAAGACUGCGUGUUUGUUAAAUAUGUAUGUAAGUAGUAAGUCCUUGAUAGUUCGCAGUCCCUUCUUCCUUGCCUAACGGAAUGCACCGUCGACCAGAAUUCAACGUGUUCUCUCACCUUUCGUUUCGCUCUAGUCGAGUUGAUGCAGCGGUACGAGCACCCGAACGGAUUUCACUUAAACCGAUCCGCAAUGGAGAUUGCUGCACCAAGGGGAUUCCGAGCGAUCGUUAGAUUGCCGUGAAUCAAACGUAAAGCAGAAUGUUUGUUGUAUUAAUUUCAUUCGAUUGAAGAUAAUACGAACAGGAACGAAACUGUACGGAGCUUUCGAUUCGAUUCUUUCCGGAGGAUUCACCGGUGAACAGAGAUCGGUGUCUAGCGAUCGCGUUCACAAACAGGGACACUAACGUUAGAACUCUUUCCAAAGUCUUUCAAGAAACUCACGCGGAACGCUCAAUCCUUACUACUGUAGUCUUUCAUAUGCCGUACGGGACAACUGAAAGUUCAUUCGAUUUGCCUGUUGGUGUAGCAACUUUCGUCGUUUUCAAAAGAAUCAGGAACGAGGACUCAUGGGGAGGAGAUUAACCCUUUGCACUCGAGAAUAUUUUUCUCAACAUUCAUUACUUUCUAAUGAACUGUGAAUGAUAUUUUUUACAAUUAACAUAAAUACCUUGCAUAAAUUUUAUUUCGAUGUUCCAUGUGUUCGGACGUUGUAUAAAAUUUAAUAUUGAAUUUUUAAUGUUACAAUGUUCUUGGGUCAAAUGAAAUGACUGGAAGGCGCCUCUCGAGUGCAAAGGGUUAAGGAGAGAAGUUUGAGCAUCGAUUCGACAGAGAUGCGUCCGCUACCUUUGCAUCGAGUCGACCACGCAAAGAAUGAUGCGUUCUGUUUCGACGCGUCAAUCGGUACCUGAAGAAACCUAGAAGCAAGGACUGCGAAUGGGUUUUAUUUUUAAUAGUCGCGGACAUAUCAGGAGUUGGGCAUAUCCUGAGGAGAAUUUGUUGCCGGUGAGGAACGAUCGUCGAGUGUGUGUGUGUAAGAGAGAAAGAGAGAGAAAGGGACAAAAGGGAAACUGUGGAACAGCGAGCGAGAGGAGAGUGAAAGUGUGUGACGAAGUCGCGUGAGAAAUGGAAACAGUAAAUCGGACUUGUAAGACCGAGAGGCGCAUUUUUCUUCUUAAAAAGAGGGUUAUUUAUUUUAAGUAAAAAAAACAGGUAAUUAUAGGUACACAUUUAGAAAUCCACUUGAAUCGUCUCUUCCAAUAUACUUUUCUCGGACUAUCGUCCGCGUGGCCCGUUCGCGGACACAAUAAGCUGUACAUAUUUAUUGCGCGUACGAGAGAAACAAAAAAGAGAGAGGCGGCGAGAAGAAAAAGGAGAGAGAAACGAAAUGCUACAAAACACUGUAUCUCCGGAGAAACCGUUUUUCAAGCAAUUUUCCAAUGGUCGGGUCGGUUCUAUAUACAAAGGAACAGCGGGAUUUCGCUCUUACGAUCGUCCGUUCGACAUAAAUAAUUAAUAAGGGAAGAAUGAUGGGUAGAAAACGCGAUCGAGGUUGUACAGAUAAUGACGAUGGUACUGAGGAUAAUAACAAUUCUAACAACUAAGAACUAAAAUAACGAAUGAGAAGAAGAAAAGAUUUCAGCGAAGCUAUAUAUAUAUAUAUUAUAUUAUAUAUUAUAAAUAUAUAUAUGUAUAUAUAUAUAUAUACAUAUAUAUAUAGAUAUAUAUGUAUAUGUAUAUAUAUAUUGUAAAAAAAUUCCUAUAUACAAAAAUAAAGUUAAGGCUCCAAUUUUUACCAAACAUCUUUACAGCCUUCUUCCAUAAAGCCAUUCAACUUCGCUCGCCGAUGGCAAUUUUCGUUCGAACGGUGCAACGUUCGACAUUCACGGUUAAUUGGAAAAGUUGAUCGAUCGAAUAACAAAGUAACAAUUAAACAGAAACCGAUAUUAACACGUUGAACGCCACACAAUAUCAAAUCAUUCGACUGAAUUGGAUUACUAUCAUCGUACGUUUAUCA